AUCACUGGAGUGGUAAAUAGCAAAACUGAAAAUAAUUACUCUAUAAUCCCGUUAUCUUUUCUUCCAUCGAUCAUUUGACCAAUGGUUGCUUUUAAAAAAAAUGGUUGCUUUUCAAGAGCCGGAAAAGUCUGAGGUGAUUGAUUUUGAUAGGAAAAAGGCAGGCAUGUCUAAUGGUAGCAAUGCUUGCCAAGAAUCAGAAAAGGAGUGUGGAUCCUAGUAUUGCUGGAGGAAUGACCAAAGGCAAAGAUGGGAAGGGAGAAAAAAAGACGUUGUGGAUUGGGCCUCAGGUUUCUAGUGCUUCCUUUCCUUUAUGCAAGCGCUGACAUUGCCGUGCUACUGUGCUUAACCAGGCGAUGGAGCAAUUUUUUACUCUGCUAAAAAUGAAGGCUAGUUACAGUUUAUCAUGUGUAAAUCAAUACUAUUAUUUUUCCCAACAGAAGGCACAACUGUCAACUUUGACAUGGUUCAUGCAAACCUACCACCAACCCCCCCUGAUUUUCUUCCCCCUUCGGUGUAAAUCAAGGCCUUUAUGGCUUGUUACCAUCCAAUAACCGCGCAAAGGACAGGACCUUUCCAACUACAGCAAUUUACCAGUUGCCACUUGCCACACUUGAUUAUCUACAUGAAGCGAGAGAGAUUUUCAAUCGGCAAUCACGGAUGCUUUGCCCAAUCAGCAGAUGACCACUAUUUCCCCUUGCCACAUGCAGAAAUCUCAGGAUCAUCACGCAUCGUUCACCAGCUUCCUCCCGGGAAAGGCCAACAGGACGCCCGGGCCAGGCCACCACCACCGCGGUACAAGGCGGCACAUGCAUGCUAUUUGCUAGGUGUCCUACUACCACCACCACCUGUUUCUUCCAGCAUUCGCUUCAUUGUCCGGUCCUUUCGCCUCUCUCGAGGCUGCUUUCGGUGCCUGUGCGCGCGCAACAGCGGCGCCGAGCUAGCCAGACAGCUAACUGGUCGGUGCAAGAAUGGCCAUGUCGUCCUUGCCGCUCGCGCUCGCGGCUCUGACGACCGCGCUUCUCCUGUGCGGCGCCGCCGAGACCCGCGUCCUCCUCACGCUCGACGACUUCGGCGCCGUCGGCGACGGCAUUGCCAACGACACCCAGGCUUUCUUGGACGCGUGGACCGCCGCGUGCACCUCCAGCGAGCAGGCCGUCCUCGCCGUGCCGCCCGGCAAGGCCUACCGGAUCUGGCCGGUGCAGCUCUUUGGUCCCUGCAAGAAGAAGCUCAAGCUGCUGAUUUCGGGGGCGAUCGUCGCGCCGGCGAGCCCCGACGAGUGGGCCGGGCGGGACCCGAUGAAGUGGCUCUACAUAUACGGCGUGGACGACCUGUCCAUCAGCGGCGGCGGCACCAUCGACGGCAUGGGGCAGGAGUGGUGGGCAAGCACCUGCAAGCGCAAGAAGACCCAGCCUUGCUACGAGGGGCCUCGUCCAAUGGCGGUGCACUUCGAGGAGUGCAGGGGAGUGAGCGUGCAGGGCGUGACGCUGCAGAACGGGCAGCAGUUCCACCUGACGUUCACGCGGUGCUCCGACGUGAAGGCCAGCUUCCUCCGGGUGACCGCGCCGGCGGACAGCCCCAACACCGACGGCAUCCACCUCAACGACUCCUCCCAUGUCCAGAUCAUGGAUAACCUGAUCUCGACAGGGGAUGACUGCGUGUCAAUGGUUGGCAAUUGCUCCGAUGUCCGUGUAAAAGACAUUUCAUGUGGCCCUGGCCAUGGUAUCAGCAUUGGAAGCCUCGGCAAGAACCGGACCGCCGACAUGGUCGAGAACGUGAAAGUGGACACCUGCUUGCUCACGAACACAACCAACGGUGUACGGAUCAAGAGCUGGCAGGGAGGCAUGGGGUUCGCUCACAGCCUGCGGUUCGAGAACAUCGUGAUGAGGAACGUCUCCAACCCCAUCAUCGUCGACCAGUACUACUGCGACCAACCAACACCCUGCGCGAACCAGACGCAGGCGGUGCAGGUGGGCAAGGUGGAGUUCGUGGACAUACGGGGCACGUCGGCGACGGAGCAGGCGAUCAAGCUCGCGUGCAGCGACGCCGUGCCGUGCCGGCAACUGGAGCUGACGAACGUCAACCUGACCCUGGAGGGCGGGGGGCAGGCGUCGGCCUUCUGCUACAGGGCGUCGGGGAAGAGCGCCGGCACGGUGGCGCCGCCGUCCUGCCUUGGCAAGCGCGACCCCAGAAUGUUGAGAGACACAACGGCUGACGAAACCGAGUCGUGAUGCUUGUGACCGAAAAGAUGCUGCCGGUUACCAACACAGGUUGGCUUCGGUUUCUUUGUUGAGCUCUUGUUGCAGCGAGGCAGUGACUGAGGCAUGCAUACAUACACGAUUGAACCUGUAGGUUGAAGCUGUUGUCAUACCGAAACUUGUCGAUUGUACACACUGCUUUGGUGUUGAGAAAAAUCUACAAAGAAAAAAAUACAGGAUUGUGGGUGAACGAUGGGCUCGGCCCAGGUAGUCCAAUGCAAGUGGAU